CGGGGGAGCGGCGGCGCCGCUUCGCCCCGAGCAGCCCGAGCCGGAUCCCCGGGGUCCCCCCGGCUCCCCCGGGCCUCCUCCCCGUCCCGGAGCCCCGGCCGGAGCGGGAGGAUGUCGGGCAGCACGGCGAGGAAGGUGCAGCCCUUCACCAUCAGCACCAAGCUGUCCCUGCCCAAGUGCGCCGCCGAUUUCGCAGCCGACGCCUGCCCCGGCAUCGCCCUCGCCUCGGCGCUGGACAACCACCGGGGCCUCCGGAGAGACCUCAACCAGCGCAUCUCCCUCUACCUGGCCCAGGCCAGGGGGGGUCCCGCCGGGCCCCCCGGCCAGCCCCGCCGCGGGGAGGAAGGCGGCGAGGAGGAGAGGCUGAGCCGGGGCUCCCUGGCGCGCUCCAUCAAGAAGAUCACGCUCUCCAACUGGCACGGGGAGGCCGGCUCCGGGGACGCAGGGGGGUCCGGGGACCCCGGCCGGGCUGGCGGGGAGAGGAACCACAACAACAACAACAGCAGGACGGGGAAGGCUCAGUUCAAGGUCUAUCUCAGGAAGGAUGUGGACGUGGAGGACGACAAGCAGGAGGCUGGGAGCCCCCAGGCCGGCGGUUUCUGCUCCCCGGUGGACAGAGGUUCCCCCUUCGAGGCGCUGGCACCCCACAAAGAGAGCCCCAGGAGCAAGGAGCCGGCGGCCCCGAGAAGCGUUGGGCGAAGUGUCGCGGGAGCACCCACCCUCCUCGACCCGAGCCCCCUGCUCGCACAGUUCAACCGGGAGAUGCUGCAGGCGGAGGGCUGGGUGCGAGGCAAGCUGCGGGACCUGAAGGACGGCUGCGACCUGCAGGGCUGGGAGCAGGUUGCCCAGACCCUGCAGAGGGAGAUGAAGGACUUCGAGAACACCCUGAUCAAGCUCAGCCAGAUGGGCGAGCAGCUGACGUGCAGGCCGAGCCCCGGCGCCGAGGCGGUGCGGAGGCAGCUGCAGGCCCUGCGGGAGCAGUGGCAGCUCCUGAAGCAGACGGCCGCCAGCCAGAGCCGGGCCCUGGGCGGGCUGCGCAGCCUGCAGGACUUCAGCAGGAAGGCGGAGCGGCUCGAGGCCUGGAUCCGCCACAAGGAGGAGAAGCCCUGCCUGGCGGCCCUCCUGCAGGAAAGCCCGGACAAGAUCCAGCUCACCCGCCGCAUCCUCGACUUGAAGCAGGAGGAGCAGCACUUCCAGAGCCUGCACGAGGAGCUCAACAGCCUGGCUCAGAAGCUGGAGAAACAAGGCAAAAGCGAGAGCAGGAGCAUCUCUGCCCGGCGCAAGCACCUCAACAAAAUGUGGCUGCGGCUGCAGGGCACCCUGAAGGAGCAUCACGAGGCUCUGCAGCUGGCCCUGGAGGUCGCUGCCUUCCUCCAGCAAGCGGAUGCCCUGCUGGGUGCCAUCCACGCCAAGUGGAGGAGCGUCUGCGGUGUGGGGAAGCAAGGGGAGGCCGAGGCAAGCCGGGAUCGGGAUGUCAGGGACAUAGCCAGCCAGGUGAUGAUGCUGGACGUGACCGUGUCGCAGCUCCUCAGCCUGCAGCCCAGCCUGGCAGCCCGAGUCACCCCCAAGCACCGAGACGUGAAGGAGAGCUGGGCCCAGCUCCAGCAGGCGCUGAGGACCGAGAAGGCUCCAGCACUGGCUCUGGGAAGUGGUUUCCCAGGGGGAGAAGCUGUGGCUGCAAGCACUGAGCCCCACAGAGAUGGUAGCAGCCGGGAGCCGGUGGGGAAGGACGCAGGAGACAAGCAGAAGAGAGAUCCCGGCAGCAGCAUGGUGCAGAAGGACGUGUCGAGGAGGACGGCGGAGCACGUGCGCGGCGAGGAGAGCAGCCCCGGCUCUCCGGCAGCGGGAGGAGACAGCAGGAGGAGGAGGAGGGGUCCUGGAGAGGUGGAGGCUGAGCGGGGCACGCGGCCCCCGGAGGCCCAGGUGCAGGAUGUCUGCCAGGUGGCAAGCACGGAGGGGCAGGAGGCGGCGGGCGCGGGGAGCCCCCAGGUGGAGGCCAUGCUGCGGGAGCUGGGCGAGCUGUGGGAGGACCUGCAGAGGAAGCACCAGGAGAAUGGCGCCGUGCUGCGGGAAAUCGAUAAGGCACUGAGGCUGGUGGGGGAGCUGGACCGUGCCGAGCGGUGGCUGCAAGCCGUGGCCGGGUCGCUCUCGGAGCCAGCCGCCAUGAGGAGCCCCGCGGAGCUGCGCAGGGACCUGGAGGGGACGGGCCAGCUGGAGAGGCAGCUCCUGCUGUGCGGCAUCAAGCUCCAGGCGCUGCGGGAGGAGGCGGCGGGCGAGACGCCCGCAGAGCACGAGGGAGCGAGGAAGAUGCAGAGGAAGGUGGAGAUGGUGGAGGAGAAGUUGGCACACGUGCAGGCAGCCCUGCGGCGCCGAGCCGCCGACCUGCGCGACUCCCUGGUGCUGUCCGAGUUCCUGCAGAACCUGCAAGAGGAGGAGGCGCGGAGCCGGCAGGGAUCCGGGGAGCCAGGGAGCGGGCAUUGUGGCUCGCAGGGGGCUUUUCCCCUGCUCUCGGCCCAGGCUGAGGACAGCAAGGAGGUGAGCAGCCCCUUGGGAGAGCUGCAGGAGGCCGUGGAGAUGCUGAACGACGCGGUGAAGGAGCGGGAGCGAGUCAUGGAGGUGGCGGCGGAGACGGAGAGCCUGGAGCGCCUGGUGGCAGAGGUGUCCCCGCGCCUGGAGGCCCUUCGGUGCAGCGCCGAGGCCCUGGCUCGCGACACCGCCCAAGCGGAGAGCGGCUUCACCACGGUGAAGAGCGAGAAGGACCUCCCGGGGCUGCAGGGCUUGCAGAGCCGGCAGCAGGAGAUGGAGCGUGCGGUAUCGGAGACCCUGCAGGGGCAGCUGGAGGAGCUGGAGCGGGCAGCUGCCCGCUUGCAAGAGCUCUGCCCUGCUCGCCUGUGCCCCGUCAGCCGGGAGGUGCAGGACGCGCUGCGGGCGUGGGCAGGGCUGCGGGAGCUGCUGCGGCAGACCCGUGCCCACGUGCAGCAGGCCGGCCGGCUGCGGCACUUCUUCAGGGAUUACUUGGCCAUGAUCUCCUGGACGGAAGACACGCGGGCUCAGAUCUUCUCCGAAAGCCCGAGCAGCCACGGCUUCCUGGAGACUCAGUGUGAGGAGCUGGAAAAGAAGAUAGAGGGCAAGCUGAAGGAGUUUGAGGAGCUGGCGGCGGCGGGGCAGCAGCUGGUGUCGGAGGAGCACUACCUGAGCGCCACGAUCCAGGAGCGCCUGGAGGAGCUGCAGAGCAUGCUGGGCUGGGUGCUGGUGCGCUGGCGAGCGCAGAGGCACCAGCGGGACGCCGGGAGCAAGCAGGAGGAGAGGAGGGACCCCGAGAGCCCCUUGAGAGCAUCCCCUGCCGCCCAGGAGCAGCGUGCCCCGUGUGCUCAGGAGAGCAUCCUCAGCCCAGCGAGGUCCACUCCCUGCUCCCUCGCCGUGCCCGCACAAGGACCAGAGCCGCGGGUGCCGGCAGGAGCGGCGGUCUCCCCUCCAGCAUCACCUCUCUCAGACACCCCGUCGGGAGGGGAGCGGGGCUGGGGGGACCCCAGCAUCUCAGGAACCCCCGAACAGGCUCUGGCCUGGGAUCCCUCUGAGACCUCCAUGCUGCUGCUGCCGCCACGGGGCCCCGGCGGGCUGGGGGGCACGGUCAACCUGAUCCUGAGCAUCGGCAAGAAGGGCGAGAAGAAGAAGGUGCAGAUAGAGGAGGCACCGCGGACGGUGCUGCUGGAGGAGAGCUACGGGGAAAAGGCCAGGAAAAGCGCCGGCACGCCGCAGCCAGCAAAGCGGGCGCCUGCCGCGUCCUGCCGCCCUCCGGCACCCAGCUCCGGCACGCCGGCAGCCUCCCACACCCUGCCCAAGGCCGGCGCCGGCUCCCUCUUCAACAGCCUGCAGAGGAGGGAGCGGGCGAGGGCCGAGCAGGCGCGGCUGCUGACCCUGCAGGGGAUCAUGGGCGCCAGCUCCCUGCAGCCCCUGCCCGAGGAGCGGCACGGCCCCAGCAACACGUGGCCUCUCAAGUGCGGCUGGAGGAAGGCGGCGGGGACCCCCGGCCCCCCGCUCGGGGAGCUGCUGCUCUACGUGAAGAACCCCCUGGUGCGGGACAUCGACGCCGAGUGCGGGGCGGCCCCCCGGCACCCCAAACCUCGCCACGAUCCCCCUGGAGCCACGCUUCGCCAGGGGCUGAAGGCCGCGUGCCCCCACCUUUCCCUGGGGUCCGUGCUCAGCCUGGAGCUGCCCAAGGAUGUGGCGGUGCUGGGGCGCCUCCGAGAUGCGGCACCGCCGGAGGAGGAGGAGGAGGAAGAGAGGAAGGGCAGGGGGGUGAGGUGGUGGGAGCCCCCCAGAGAGGCCGGGCAGCAGGAGGACACGGGCGGGCACAGUCCCCGGCAGCCCGGCAAUGACCUGGGGGUGUCCCCCAAAGCCGAGCGAGGAACGUGGUUUGAAGAGGUGAGCUUCAACCCCAGCUACGGCCGGCACAAGGCACGGGGCCCGGAGGCUGCCCGCAGCACCGGGGAGGAGCGCAGGAGCCCGCGGCACCCCGCCAGCACCAGCCGACGCCUCCCGGACUCGAGGCCGGGCCGGCUGCCCCACAUCAGCGUGCUGCACGAGCAGCUCGGCCGCGAGCAGGACGUGCUGGCCGCCCGCCUGGGCCAGGACAGCAGCCCCGGUGCCGCCUGCAGGGCCAGGCACCGCGAAGCUGCUCGGCUGGAGAUGGGGACGUCCCCCUCCGGCACCCCGGUCAGGGCAGGAGCCGUCCCCGGUGUUGUCCGUGCUCAGCACCCACCCAGCGGCGCCCAGCCCGGGGGGUCCCCGGCUUCCCCCGCUGCUCCCACCCAGCUCUCCGUCUUCGAGUGGGCGCUGGGGUCCCCGCAGCCCCCCAGCCCGGCGCCGGGUGCCGGGGAGGUUUGCCACCCUGCCCACGGGCAGUUCGAGGAGGAGGAGGAGGAGCUGCAGGCCAUCUGGGACGGGGCGGGCGAGCGGCGAGCGCCCAGCCACCCGCCGGGGAGCCCCCCCAGUUCCGACACCGCCGGGGGGCCCCUCAUCCUCUCGGCGGCCAACAACGUGCUGGUGGCCAAGUUCACCCUCCCCACCGCCGCCCGGAUCCUGCACAGCCCGGCGGGAGGGAAGGGGCACGGAGGCAGCCCCCACGGGCACGGGGCAGCCCCCUGCGUGGAGGAGACGGUGUCCGCGGCCCCCUCGGACAGCCCCGGUGUGUGGGAUCGGCGGAGGCAUCGGGAAGAGGAGAGAGAGGGCAGCCAGGCUCCUGCUGGUAAAACGGAGUUUCAGAUGAUGGAGGGGACGCUGGAAAGGAAGCACGUGCUGCAGACGGGAGGGAGGAAGGCGAGCUGCCGCGCCUGGGGCCUCUUCCACGCCGUGCUGAUGAGGCAGACGCUGUGCUUCUACCAGGACCGGAGGGACAGCCUCAAGAGCUCCGUGGUGGCCCUUCCCCUCAACCUCGCCGGGGCCGUCUGCACCCCGGACACCGAGUACACCAAAAAGACCAACUGCUUCAGGCUGCAGCUGCGGGAUGGCUCCGAGUACCUCCUGCGGGCCCCAUCGCAGCCCCUGAUGAACGAAUGGGUCUCCAAGCUGCAGCAAAACUCAGGUUUCCCCGAAGUGGAUUACUUCCAGGCGGCCGCGCAGUGCGUCGAGGGUGCCAGCGCUGCCGGGGGCUUCGGCAAGGCGCCCGGCCCCGGCAGCUCCCACCUGCAGGGUCACCAUCAGGCCGUGACCGCCAAGAGCCAGGAGAUCGUGGUGCUACCCCGCUCAAACGCCCGGCUGCAGCUGCCCCUGGACGCGCAGGAUGGCCCCGCCGAUGGCACGUCGGCAGCAGAGGAUGUCCGUGGGGCUGUCAGCCACACAGCCGGGCCCAGGGAGCAGCAGUGGUCACCCAGGACGUCCCCUGGGCUGUGGGACAACGGCUGCCCCGGUGACGACGACUGCGGGCUGGUGGCCAACAAGCGGCGGUCCUACUCCUUCACCUCAGCCACCUACCAGAAGAUCACCCCCGUGGCCGUGCCCCAGGAGCCGCUGGAGGCCGGGAGCAGCUACUCGGUCACGCUGUACAUCGGGGACCAAGCGGCGGCCGUGCCCAGGGCGCGCUGCCACUCCUUCGUGGCGCGGCCGGGGAGCCCGCGGGACGCGCUGGGGGAGAAGCCCCCCGGCCCCCCCCGCCCCAAGAACAAGUCCGUCUUCAAGAAGUUCUUCGGCAAGAAGGAGUGAGCCCCGGCCGAGGGGGAGGAAAGCCCCCGCCUGCCCGUGUUCCUCCUCUCGGGUGCCGUCCUCGCACCGUCUCCGCUCCCAGCACCAGCUCACCGCUCGCCGCCUGCCCGGGGGGGCUGCACCGCACCCCCGCCUCCCCCUUCCCGCCCCCGGGCCUCCCCCCACACGCAGCACAGGCAGGGCCGGGGGUGUUUUUAUUAAAAAACAGAUAGACACGCGG